AUGUUCAGCCUUCUCUUCAAGUCUGCUGCCAUCAUGACUGCCACCAUGGCCCUCACUUCCUCCGCCGCUCCUCAGUGCAACACCAAUGCCGACUGUCUGUCUGGCUUCAUCUGCGGCCCCGGCGACAUUGGCACCUCCACUGACAAUGUGUGCGUCAAGACUGGAACCUGCACCAACCAGCCUGAUUCUCAAUUCCCCAACCUCGGACCAAAGUGCGGCGACUCCAUCUUCUGCAACGUCGGUGGCUACUGCGGCGAAGGAUAUUACAAGUCGGGCAGCGACACAAUCCUUACCCAAGUCUGUGUUAACGCUGCCACUGGCGCCAAAUGCGCUGAGCCAUAG